CAACUCGCGUUUCGGCCGAGCAGACGCUCUUGAAUCGGUGCGGUGGACCCGGUGUGAAGUUUUGGCCCAAAAUCAAAGCGCCGACUGAGUUUCGAGCGCGGAGUUUCAAAGACUUCGAAGCUGGUGAAGUGAAGUCGUGUGGAAGUCGAGUCAAUCAAAGCGAGCCAGCUAAUAAAAAGUGCUAAUGGUGUGUUUAAAAUAUGAAUAAACCGAGUAUGCCUGGGCCACAAAAACGGUUACAAAAAUAACAACUCCAACCACAAUCGCAGUGGCAACAAUAACAAAAAGAGAUUUUCUUUUCGUGGGACGAAGAAAUCGCAUUUGCAUUUCACCGCUCCGGCUUGGCUGGUAGAUUAAAUUGGAUCAAUCGAUGGAUGUUUUGGUGUUUGAUUGUGUGCCACUUUCAUAAAAAGCUUUCCAGAAUCUGGAAUAAUAAAUAUUUAAAUGCAAAUAUUAGAAACCCGUUAAGAAGCGCCGAAAGAACAAUAGUUGCUUGAAUUCUGGGAGAGUCUCGUCGGCGUGAGUGGGCAAUGUCUGACGGGCGCCGAUCCGCGAAUUUGUAAUGGGCAACCGCAUCACAUUGGCCAGGGGCGCCGAGGAGGGAGCCGCCGGCGAGGGGAACUCCAGAUUCAACACCCGCCGGAGGUACCAGCAGCACAAGCGGGAGUACUGCCUCCAGAACGAGUACCGCUCCAAGACGCUCCCCGCCCGCCAUCCCCAGUCCCCCUCAAGCAACAACAACAGCAACCACAACAGCAACCACAACAACAACAACAGCAAGAACAAGAACCAGGAGCGACUGGGCUCCAGCAGUUGCUUGGGGGCCGGCCAGAAUGGAGGCAACAACGCCACAUCGCACAGUGGAGAGACAUCGAGGGUGCUCUUUCUGCUCUACUUGAUACACCGCACCUGGAACGUGGUCAUGGACACGAUGGACUCACGCACCAAGAGUCGUUCACCGCGAGGAAGUUCCCCGCAAAAGGAAGCCACCGUGGACAUUGAACUCCAGCGACGACCGCCCGACGAGGAGUGCUCCAUAGGCAUCACCGACCUGGAUGCCUCCUCCUUCUGCUCGCAGUACUCCUGCUGCAGCUGCAGCUACUGCGAUGUGGAGACAGCCGGCACAGGGACCAAUGUGUACAGCUCCAUUGGCGACGAGUACUCAUUGGACUCCAUGUACGAGGUGGAGAAGUCGGUUGUAGACAGCGACAGCUCGACACUCCAGCGACACCAGCACCUCGAGCCGCGUCACCCGGGAAGCGACCACCUCCAGAUGGCUCCCAGUGUGUGCGAGCUGGCCGCCCAGGGUCAAAGCAGUCAAGUGGCCGCCCCCAAGGCGGGGGGAUCCAACAGCUCGGGGACGAACAAGUGCGGAGCCAGCAGCCUCAACGGAUCCCUGGCCUCCUACAAGAUCGGCGGCUCCGAGCAGAGUUGGCCACAGGCACCAGUUUACAGCAAGGAAAACCAACGUCCACCUGUUUACAAUCCCGAGGACUAUGUGCACUCGCUGAGAAAGUUCAUCAAGGCGAGUAGCUCGGCCAAAAAGCUAUCCAUUUACGAUGUGAGCACGGGUCCGAGUGCCAAAGAAGAGGCCUCCAGAUCGGCCACCCUGCCAGCCAAACACUCGGAGUACAAAUCUCCCAUUCCUGCUCCGCCAGAAAAUGAUAGAGAGAUGUCUUUGCGCCAGUUUGGCUCCAUUACAGAUUUACUCACCAAAUUAAGGGCUGAUUUGCGGGUGUCUUUUCCCAGCUUUGUCCAGGAGUUUGUGGGCACCCCUGCGGAUGGCAUUAGCCACCUGUUGGAGGUCCUGCGAGCCAUUCAAAUGGCCCAGGCCAGCAAUGCACCGCCCCCAAUGCCAGGAGCGAGUAGUUCCUUGGCUUUGACCAGGAAUCCCCAGAGUUACCAACGUCGAGCCUUGCUAGAUGAACUGUCUUGCCUACAAUGUAUAAGCAUCUGCUGUUCGCGAUCUCUGGAUGCCAUAGCCCGUCUGGGAAACACGCCCGUGGGUCUCAUGCCACUGGCUUCCUCGGCAACGGGUCAGGGGAUCCGGGCAAGAAUCCUGGCUCUUCAACUUCUCGCCUCCGCCUGCGAUCGCCAGCCCUUCGGAGGUGGCAGUGGUGGACAGAAGAUAGCUUCUGCAGGACAUACAGCCGUGUCGGAUGCGAUGUCCACAUUGCGAUUGAGAUGCAGUGAGCCAGUUCGCUUUCGCCUGCUGGUGGGAAUUCUGAACAGCGGAGGAGGUUCUGGGGAACUGCAGUGUGCGGGUGUUAAAUUCCUCAACACCUUCAUUGAGAGUGCUGUGAGCACCCAACAGCGCCUGUACAUCCAGGCGGAGCUCUUCCAAGCCGGCUUGGAUGUCAGCACCCUUGCCCGCACCAUUUCCUCCUCGUCGCCCUGGCUGGAUGCCCUGAAGAUCGAGGUGAAGCGCUUCAACGAGCUGCACAUCGACGUGGACCAGAUGAUAACCCAAGCCAGGGACGCGGAGCGCGUGCGCAGCCAAAUGGUGAUCCUGGAGCGGCGUGUGCAGAUCCUGCACGAGGAGAAGGCGGUGCUGACCUCCAUGGAACGGCGCCUCCAGGAGCGUUGUGCGGAGCUCCAGCGUGAGAUUUUUCGCCUGCAGGGCACUCAGCAGCAAUCCAAAUUCAAGCCGGUGGAGUCCGCCUCCCAUCAACCCGUGGCCCUUCCCCGCCAGGUUCCUCCACCUGCAAAGAAGCAGCACAGCUCGGAGCACGAGGACGAGGGCAUCAGCAGUUCGGAAACGGGAGCCUCCUUGAGUCCAGUUCCCAUCUUGGUGCUGCCCUCCAAGGCGAAGCAAUCGCGGAAGCUGGCGGAGGAGGACGAGGAUGAUGCGGCGACCAUCGAGGACGUCAUCGAGGAGCUGGACAACAUUGUGAGCGAGGCGGAGAAGCAGAUCAGCAGCCAGGCGAGCAGUGUGUCCAGGACGAAGACGCGUCACCACCGGCAGUCGGAGAAGGAGAUCGUCCCGGUGAACAUUGUACCCCAACCGCCGAGAAAGUCCCGAUCCCUGGCCCAUCUGGUGCCCCGCACCGACUGCUCCGAACAGGAGGGUUCCGACUACGGGAUGUUGGUCCUGAACCAGCCGGGAGAUCCUGCCGCCGCCGAGCGACUGGCCGCCAUGCAGAGCUUCUUCGACGAGGUGGACUACGAUGCUCCCGAGACGGAUCAGCCGGCCGCGUAUCAAAUGGAAUCUCCCACGCCCGAUAUGCCGGAAGCCAAUGCCACGGCAACGGCCUAUAAUGCCAGCACAAAUCGGGAGUUGCUCGAUGUGAUCAUGAAUGCGCGGCACGACGAGCACGAUCCCACAAUGCAGGCCCUGCGGAAAAGUGUGCAGGACACGGCGCCCGUGGUGAUUCCCCACCAUCCGCCAGUGAAGGCCAAGGCCCCGGCUCCACCGCCGCCGACUCCGCCGGCCCAGCAGUUCAACGGGGUCUUCUUCAUGACCGGCAUGAACACACCGCAGAAGUACCCGAAACCGGACAUCUCGGCCGCCCUGCAGGCCAGAAGGGUCACCAAGAACGUGGAGCGACUGGAGGCGGCCUUCGCCUCGGCGCAUCCCGAAGCCCUCAACGAUGUGGCCAUCGGACGGGAGAAGUCGCGCAGCAACCAGCAGAUCUACUUCACCAGCAACCUGGCCAUGCGGAUGCACGACCACUCCGGCUACGGCAAUCCCGGCAACCCCGGAAUGGCCCAGGGUCCCACCAUGCGAACCAGGUCCCAUACCCAGGGUUCCAUGUCCAAGGUGACGGACCUGCCAUCCGGCCUCUACUAGAAACAGAUACUCCAGCAGGCAAUCCGAAGAUUCUCCACUUCCUGUGCAAUAGCAAUAGCAAUAGCAAUCCUCUCCUAGGUUACCAUCAGAUGCAGCCCAUCAGAUCAGCGUAUUUAUAGCGACCCUACUACACCUAUCCGUACAUUAUAAACUCGUUUCUUAUGCAACAUCUCGAGACAAGUGCAACCGAGACUAGGUUAGUUACGGUGGCAGCUUCAUCCGGGUAUCUAGCCGAUAAGCCCUAGUUCAGUAGUUCAUGUCUAGCCUAAUUGAUUAUUUUCCUUUGAAUAAAGUUUUUAAACUAAAACAAUA